CAAGAUUUUAACAAAUUUAUAUUUUUUUGGACUCUUUCUUUGCAGGUUUUGAGGAGAAUCGUGUCGGCUGAAUUUGUGUCAGACUCAGCAUAGUAUUGUACAUCAAGGGAGAAAUCAAUUUUCCCUUUUUGAUUUAUUCUUCUUACCGGCGCGAAGAUCUUUACACUAAUCACGAAACAAUUGAAAAAAUGGAUGUUUGCUUGAGCUAUUCGUAUCAAAUGGAUGAUGAGAUUGCAAAGUUCAUCAAAAGAGUAAAUCCGCCAAGGGUUUCGAUUGAUAACGACGUCUGCAAGAAUGUAACUGUCAUUAAGGUGGAUAGUGCCAAUAAACAUGGGAUUCUUCUGGAAGUUGUUCAAGUAUUAACUGAUCUAAAUCUCACCAUUAAGAAAGCUUACAUCUCCUCUGAUGGUGGCUGGUUCAUGGAUGUUUUCAAUGUUACUGAUCAAGAUGGGAACAAAGUCACCGAUGAGAUCGUUCUUGAAUAUAUCCGCAAAUCACUUGGCCCUGACGAGUCUUCUUGCUUCAGUCCAUCAAUGAGAUCAUCCAUUGGUGUUAAACAAUCCGUCGACUUCACUGUGAUUGAGCUUACAGGAACUGAUAGGCCCGGUUUGUUGUCUGAGCUAUGCGCUGUUCUAAUGGACCUUCAAUGCAAUGUGGUAAACGCUGAAAUCUGGACGCAUAGAGCAAAAGCAGCAGCGGUUUUACAAGUAACCGAUGAAGAGACCUGCUCUGCAGUCACUGAUCCAGAGAGGUUAUCCAAAAUCAGGAAACUUCUUGGUUAUGUGCUUACAGGAGGAAACAGAAGAUCCCGUGAACCCAAAACAACGGUUUCUUCUCCUCUCAACGAGACUUACACAGAUCGUAAGCUUCAUCAGUUGAUGUUUGCGGAUAGAGAUUACGACGAGUGGGAGAAUAACGUUGAUGAUGAGGAUAAAAGUGGGAGAGUAGUUCCAGAUGUGGAUGUCUCUAAUUUGCAUGAUUUGGAUUACUCGAUUGUGAUGAUCAAAUGUAAAGAUAGACCAAAGCUUCUCUUUGAUACAGUCUUCACUUUGACGGAUAUGAAAUAUGUGGUUUCACAUGCCAGUAUCGAUGCUGAAGGCCCUGAAGCUUAUCAGGAAUACUACAUAAGACAUGCGGAUGGAUCUCCUGUCAAAUCCGAGGCAGAAAGACAGCGAGUGAUCAAAUGUCUGAAAGCAGCUAUUCAAAGAAGAGUCUCUGAGGGAUUGAAGCUUGAGCUUUGCACUUCAGAUAGAGUCGGGUUACUCUCGGAUGUGACUCGGAUUUUCCGCGAGAACAGUCUUACGGUUACAAGAGCUGAAGUGAAAACAAAAGGAGGCAAAGCUCUCAACACAUUCUAUGUGAGGGAUGCUUCUGGUUACCAAGUUGAUGCUAAGACCAUAGAAUCAAUUAGACAAGUCAUUGGUCAGACAAUACUUCAAGUGAAAGGCGGAAACACAGACCCAAAACCGAGUUCUCAAGAAUCCCCGACGGGAUUUCUCUUUGGGGUUUUCAAGUCGAGAUCUUUCGUCAACUUCGGGUUGAUCAGAUCUUAAAUUCUUGAAGUGUUCCCCUAUCUGUAAAUGGCAGUAGUACAUUGUGUGGAUAGGUAGAAGAAGCUGCUUUAGGAUACUUAUAGGGUUUUAUAAUAGAUUCUUGUGUAGAAUUUGGGUUUUAACAUUUGUUAAUGUGUAUAUAAAAUUGGAUUUUUCUUCAUUUGGUUGUGG